GCAUUUGUGUGUUUCUCUUUCUAAAACGGAAGACAAUGGACAAGGGAGAGGAAAACGCUGCCAGUAAGGAAAAAGCUCACAUUCUCACAGAAAACGGGAGAAGCGGUACAGAGGAAUAUCUUCCAGAGCUGGAGAAAAAAGAGAAAGAAACCAAGAGUGUCAUCAAAAAUAUCCAGUGGAUCACAGGCAACAACUUCACAGUAGAGAAAGGACGACGGCAGAUUGAAGAAUAUAUUUCUACAUGGGAUGUUCACAGAAGCUGGCUUCACUGGUCAGAAUUUCUCCAGGAAGAAGAACUGAAGUACAGCAAGAGGUACCAUUACAGAGUUUGCUGGAGUGUCCAAACACGCAGAAAGCCCAUCCCACAAGCAACAGCAAGCAUCUACUUUGUUAUAGAGAUCUCCAAAAUCAAACCUGCCACCUCGCCUGUGGAGGUAUUCUUCACUCUGGAGUCCAGCAGGCUGAUUCACAGGCCAGAACAGUGUCAGUUUAGAGAAAAGUGGCUUAAGGACAUCAUUGAAAAUAAAAUAAUCCUCAUGGAAAGACUUACUCUCUAA